AUGUCCGCCUCAGUAGGGCCCCAAGGCGGCCCUCGCCCACCCACCGCGCCGUCCUCCAUGCCCGACAUGCCGGACCUGAGUCACCUCACGGAAGAGGAGAGAAAAAUCAUCAUGGCAGUGAUGGCUCGGCAGAGAGAGGAAGAGGAGAAAGAAGAAGCCAUGUUAAAGACGCUGCACCAGCAGUUUGAGAGCUACAAGGAGCAGGUGCGUAAGAUUGGAGCGGAGACCAAGAGACAACAGACAGGCCACAAGGAUGACGCGCCCACCUGUGGCAUCUGCCGCAAGACCAAGUUUGCCGACGGCUGCGGGCACCUUUGCUCCUACUGCCAAACCAAAUUCUGUGCCCGCUGCGGUGGGCGCGUGUCCCUACGCUCCAACAACGAGGACAAAGUGGUGAUGUGGGUAUGUAACCUCUGUCGAAAGCAACAAGAGAUCCUCACAAAGUCUGGAGAAUGGUUUGGGUCUGGGGGCAGGCCGCUGAGCCUUGGCGCCUCUAUAGGUGGCUCAGCAGGCUAUGGUGAGGCCGAACUGGACAAGAAACCUCGUUCCCGGUCCCAGGCUCCACCCGGCACCCUCGACGGCCCAGUGCCAGGCAACGCCAUCACAGGACAGACCAAAUCUGCAGACACCAUGCCUGCCUCACGCUCAAGGAGCGAGCCGCCACGCGACAAGAAGAGGCCAGUGUCCCUGCAUGAACAGAACGGUAAAGUGAUUGGUCGAGGUGAUAGGAGGCGCGGCCCGGGCAAGUUGGCAUCUCAAGCCUCAGAGGACCGUGCUCCAGGUGAGAGACGAGAUGGCGGUCGGCGACUGGAUAAAGAUCUUUCCCAGGACUAUGCCGAUUCACAAGAAAAACCCCACCCAGACCAGCGGAGAAGACAGGAAGAGGAGGAGCGAGAGCGGCAGAGGCGGGAAGAAGAGUUCCAGACUCGUUACCGUAGCGACCCCAACCUGGCCCGUUAUCCAGUCAAGCCUCAGAAGGAGGAGCAGGAAAUGCGCAUGCACGCCAAGGUCUCCAAAGUGCGACACGAGCGUCACCAUAGCGACCAGGCUAUUAAUGAAGUGGGACUCGGACAUGGGGAGGGUGGCGACUCCCCGGGCGGCCGCCUGGGUAGGAGGACAGGUGCCAACGAGGACCGCAGGGCUCUGCUAGAGAACCAUCGUGCGUAUUCGAUGGACAGGACCGUGGGGGGUGGUGGAGGAGGAGGGCAGGGUUCCCUCCCAAAGCAUGGUCACGGACCCCGUGUGGGCCCUGGGGGGCCUCCAGACCUCAGGGACGCACAGGACUGGGGCCCCAAAGGCCAUUUGGACGUGGGACCGGUAGCCCCCCAGCACAAGCGGGACAAGGCUGCGGAGAGCAUGCUGAGGAAGGAUUCGUCCCUCAGCUCCGACCAGUCGGAAUCUCUGCGACCGCCCCCUCCCAGGACCUACCGUUCCAAACGAGGCUUCAACAAGAGACAGAUGUCCAUCAGCAGCUCGGAGGAGGAAGGAGGCUCCACACCAGAGUAUACCAGCUGCGAAGACGUCGAGAUUGAGAGCAUCAGUGAGAGAGGUGAUUGGGACUGUCACCCGUUAGACCCAACAGUAUGGCACCAUCCCGCUACCUGGCAGCCUUCCAAAGAGGGGGAUCAUCUGAUUGGACGCAUCACUUUGAGUAAACGCUCGGCCAUGCCAAGAGAGGCCGGGUCGUUACUGGGGCUAAAGGUGGUUGGUGGGAAAAUGACUGAGACUGGGAGACUGGGAGCCUUUAUCACCAAAGUUAAGAAGGGAAGUCUGGCAGACAUCGUGGGCCAUUUACGAGCAGGUGAUGAGGUGCUGCAGUGGAAUGGAAAAGCGUUGCCUGGAGCAACAAAAAAGGAAGUGUACAACAUCAUUUUAGAGUCCAAGUCUGCACCACAAGUUGAAAUAGUUGUUUCAAGGCCUAUUGGAGAUACACCAAGAAUUCCAGACACGUCACAUCCUCCUCUAGAAUCAACAGGCUCCAGUUCCAUUGACGAAUCCCAGAAAAUGGAACGUCCCUCUAUAUCCGUGAUGUCUCCUACGAGUCCAGGCAUGCUGAGACAACUCCCCCUGGUUCUUCCCGGCCAACUCUCUGUGAAGCUUUGGUACGACAAAGUGGGACACCAGCUCAUAGUCAAUGUCCUGCAAGCCAUAGAUCUGCCACCAAGACCAGACGGACGACCCCGGAACCCCUACGUCAAAAUGUACUUUCUGCCCGAUAGGAGCGAUAAGAGCAAGAGGAGAACAAAGACGGUGAAGAAGAGCUUAGAACCCAAAUGGAACCAGACAUUCCUUUAUUCCCACGUUCACCGUCGAGACUUCAGAGAACGCAUGCUGGAGAUUACUGUAUGGGACCAGCCCAGAGUACAGGAGGAGGAGAGCGAUUUCCUGGGAGAGAUCCUGAUAGAGUUGGAAACAGCUCUGUUGGACGACCAGCCUCACUGGUAUAAGUUACAGACCCACGACGUGUCCUCUCUACCUCUACCCCAGCCCUCUCCUUACCUCCCACGCAGACGCGUACACGGAGACAGCCCCAGCAAGAAACUGCAGAGAUCUCAUCGCAUCAUUGAGACAGAUUAUGAUGAUGGUUUAACAGUAGCUCCCUCAGCAGCAGAACGGAGCUCCAGAGAAAGAGAGAGGUCGAGCACACUGACAGUGCCUGAGAGACAGAGCCUGGCCCAGCAUCGCUCCCGCUCUGUGUCUCCACACCGAGAGGACAAGUGUAGAGCACGCUCACGACCUGCAAACGUUCCAAUGCAAAGGAGUCUGGAUGAGAUCCACAAGAACCGCCACCACUCUUACUCCCCAACCUGUUACCAUGACUCCCAGCGCUCUGGAGACUCUGACUACGAGUACUCUGAGGACAGUGAGGUCCUCGAGAUGAACAGAUCAAUCCGGGGUGGGAGUGCUGAGUGCCUGCACACAAACAGCUCCACCUUACCUGCAUGUCUAAAGAAGUCUCCACGGCGACUGGCAGGGGGUGGGGUCACUCCCCUCAGUGCCGUCCCACAGCGUGUGCUCAGGUUCACAGAUGAGGUCAGCAGUAGUGAUCUUCAGCCAUCACUGGACCGGAUCAGAAGUGCCAGUACCACCUGUCUGAGACCAGAAACCAGUUUCCACUCGCCUGAACGAGAAAGGCAUUCAGGCAGCCUGGAUAGGCCGGGCUGUCAGAGAGCCAACAAAAAAACCAUCGACAAUGACAGAAUCCAGCCCACCUCCAUCCUGAGGGGGAGUAGGGGAAGGAGGGAGGGGCCACUUAGGCCCUUUGCUCAGACCACACUGGGGGGCUCUUGCCCCAACUCACCACGCCCUGACAGAGCACAUCUGCAUGGAGGACACUCCUCUCCAACAGGGACUCCCACAUCAGGGCGCAGGGGCAGGCAGUUACCACAGCUCCCUGCCAAGAGCAGCAGUAUAGAGCAAGCUCUGGCGGUGGAGGAGAGAGCUCGGCAGCUGCAGAUGAAAGUCCACUCCUAUCGUCCGGGCUCCUCUGCCAGCUCUGGACACGACCAAGAGAUGGAGCUGAAGAAGAAAAGAGUGAUGUAUAAGGAGCAGAGGAGGAGCUGUGAUAACAUGUCGGCGAGGUCAUCAGACAGCGACAUGAGUGACGUGUCGGCCAUUUCACGCGCCAGCAGUGCCUCUCGUCUCAGCAGCACAAGUUACAUGUCCAUCCAAUCAGAGAGACCCCACGGACGCAUCAGUCGGCAGGUUCGCACCUCCGCAGGACGCAGCAUGUUAAAGAGCACCAGUGUGGGCGGGGACAUCAACACGGCAGAGCGCACGGACGGCAGCCAAUCGGACACGGCGUUGGGCACCGUGGGCGGCGGCAGUAAGAAGCGACGCGCCAGCCUGAACGCUCGUUUUGUGGCCAUCGUAGGCAACCGCCGGAGCCGCAGCACCUCCCAGAUCAGCCAGACUGAGGCGUCCAAUAAGAAGUCAAAAGGCGGAGCGGGGACGAUCCAGAGGAGUCAGGAGACAGGCAUGGCCGUUGAGUUACAGCGUAACAUGAGCCGUCAGCCCAGCCGCGAGUCCAACAACGGCAGCAUGAAGAGCUUCAACUCGGAAGGGAGUCCGAUCUUUCCGGCGGUCCGAGUGGAAGCUCAGUUCAGUGACUUCUUGGAUGGAUUGGGCCCCGCCCAGUUGGUGGGUCGUCAGACUCUGGCCACGCCUGCUAUUGGAGACAUCCAGAUUGGAAUGGUCAACAAGAAAGGUCAGCUAGAGGUGGAGGUGAUCAGAGCACGCGGUCUCAUUCAAAAACCAGGAUCCAAAUCCCUGCCUGCUCCCUAUGUGAAGGUGUACCUACUGGACAAUGGAGCAUAUGUAGCCAAAAAGAAAACCAAGAUUGCGCGGAAAACGCUCGAUCCGCUGUAUCAGCAAGCACUGCUAUUCGAAGAGAGCCCACAGGGUAAAGUGCUGCAAGUGAUUGUCUGGGGAGACUAUGGACGAAUGGACCACAAAUCCUUCAUGGGAGUUGCACAAAUUCUAUUGGAUGAGCUAGACUUGGCCAGCACAGUGAUUGGCUGGUACAAACUGUUCCCGCCCUCGUCCUUAGUGGACCCAACGCUAGCCUCUCUGACACGACGUGCUUCCCAAUCCUCCCUGGACAGCUCUUCAGGUCCUGCAGGCGUUCGCUCGUAG